AGAAGAUUUUAAAAUAGACGAAAACUGGGGUUGGGGUGAUUUCUGGUGGUCCUACCCUAUGUGUUAUGAUAUUUUCGAUAUUUUUGUCGAGAAAAAAGUGUUGUAAAUUUGUUGAUAAGUAAAUCAGAGUUAAAUUAAAUCGCUGUGAAACUCGUAAUGAUUCAUUAGGCAGCAUUGCAAAUUGUUAUCUCUGUUGAACUUUAUCUUGUUGUUUUCCAAAUAUGGGCACAUCGGAUUGGGAUGCUCUUCGGAAACAAGCCCGUCAUCUGGAGAACGAUAUUGACCUGAAGUUGAUCGCAUUCAACAAAGUUGGCACCGGAAGCAGUUCGUUGAACUCCGCUGGAUCCAGUGACACGUCGCCCUUAUUGGGGGACCAUGUCUUCGAGUCGCUCUCGCUGGAGAUCGAGCAGAUGCUGGACCAGCUGUCAAACAUCAACGAGCGGAUGGCGGAGAUUCCUGGCACCGGAGCUGCCGUUAUGCAUGUCCUUCAGCGACAUCGGGAGAUUCUGCAUGGGUACAGACAAGAGUAUUUAAAAAUACAGGCCAAUCACACAACUAGAAUGGAACGAGAGGAAUUGCUGCGCGGGUCCGGACUGGGUGGAACUACGUCCCCUUCGACGUCCGGAUUAAGCCGGCGGGACAUGUAUCUGAAGGAAAAUACACAUCUUCACAAUUCAAGUUCCAUGGUUAACGACCAGAUUAGCAUUGCAAUGGAGACGAAGGAACACUUGACCUCUCAACGGCAACAUAUGAAACGCUUCCAAACCAGGAUGCACGAUAUUUCCCAUCGGUUCCCGUUGAUAUCUAGUCUCAUUCAGCGAAUUAACAUUCGCAAACGAAGAGAGUCGCUGAUACUUGGAGGAGUGGUCGGGGUCUGUACGAUUCUUCUGUUGCUGUACGCAUUUCACUGAUCGGAAUACAGGUUGACCAGGUUUGUUGCAAUAAAUUAAUUACUUUUUAGCGCAUUGGACGUUUUCGCUAUCAACAGAUAUCGUUGCUUUGCGCGCAACUGUAAGCACGUUUUAACCGGAAACCAAACUAACUGAAGCAUUCAGCCGAUUGAUAUCGGAGGCAGAGAUGGUUAUCGAAGUUUAUUUUGUAGUUAGAUGUUUUUAAAUUUGGCUGCUCGUAUGGACGGCCAAGGUUUGUUCAGGCCGCAAGUUGUAUGUAUUUAUCAAAAACAUUAAAAAAUAACUAAUAAAGUAAGUCGCGUUGGUCGGCAUUUGUGAUAGGAA